GUGUCUGUGUUCGCAUCGCGAGCGGGACACACAUCGGUCCGGAUCGUCGUAUCGGCCGCUGGAGGAGGAGCUCAUCCUUCGCCCGGACUCACUCGGAUCGGAAUCAUGGAAGCGGCGGCGGAGGGAGCGGCGAGCCUCCCGACGGAGGAGGCCGGCGGCGGGGAGCGGGAGGAGAGAGCGGCGAGCGGAGCCGCAGUGUCCGAGGACGCGGAGGAGGAGGAGAGCGUGAUGAUGGGCGCCGGCGGCGACACGGACGCGGCUGGAGACGCGGAAGCUGCUGCUAAGAAGGCCUUCAUAACAGAGGUGGGGAAGAAGAUUGGCCACCGGGGAGUUGACGCUUCUGGGGAGACAACCUACAAGAAGACCCCGUCUUCAGCUCUCAAGGGGGCCAUCCAGCUGGGCAUUGGCUACACAGUGGGCAACCUGAGCUCCAAGCCUGAAAGGGAUGUCCUAAUGCAGGACUUCUAUGUAGUGGAGAGCAUCUUCUUCCCCAGCGAAGGCAGCAAUCUGACUCCAGCUCACCACUUCCCCGACUUCCGCUUUAAGACGUACGCUCCCGUUGCCUUCCGCUACUUCAGAGAGCUCUUCGGCAUUCGGCCCGACGACUACCUGUACUCCUUGUGCAACGAGCCCCUGAUCGAGCUCUCCAACCCGGGUGCCAGUGGCUCGGUGUUCUACGUCACCAAGGACGACGAGUUCAUCAUCAAAACGGUCAUGCACAAGGAAGCAGAAUUCCUGCAGAAGCUGCUUCCUGGUUACUACAUGAACCUGAACCAGAACCCUCGCACGCUGCUGCCCAAGUUUUUCGGCCUGUACUGCGUCCAGUCCGGGGGGAAGAACAUCCGCGUGGUGGUGAUGAACAACGUCCUGCCCCGCGUCGUGUCUAUGCACCUCAAGUAUGACCUGAAGGGCUCUACCUACAAGCGCCGCGCCUCCAAGAAGGAGCGGGAGAAGGCCAGGCCGACCUUCAAGGACCUGGACUUCAUGCAGGACGUGCAGGAUGGUUUGAUGCUGGAUGCGGACACCUACAACGCCCUGGUUAAGACCCUGCAGAGGGACUGCUUGGUGCUGGAGAGCUUCAAGAUCAUGGACUACAGCCUUCUGCUGGGAGUGCACAACAUAGACCAGGCAGAGCGCGAGCGGCAGCUGGAGGGCUCCCAAGGCUCCAGCGAUGAAAAGAGGCCGGUGGCGCAGAAGGCCCUCUACUCAACCGCCAUGGAGUCCAUUCAGGGAGGAGUGGCCCGCGGGGAGGCCAUCGACACGGACGACACGAUGGGCGGGAUCCCUGCGGUCAACGGCAAAGGAGAGCGUCUUCUGCUAUACAUAGGAAUCAUUGACAUCCUGCAGUCGUACAGGCUCAUCAAAAAAUUGGAGCACACGUGGAAGGCUCUCGUCCACGAUGGGGACACGGUCUCGGUGCACCGGCCCAGUUUCUACGCGGAUCGCUUUUUCAAGUUCAUGAGCAACACCGUCUUCAGGAAGAAUUCCUCCUUGAAGUCCUCGCCCUCCAAGAAAGGCCGAGUGGCUCUGACGGUACCCAAGCACGCCGGCCCCGGGGCCGCCUGGUCGGCCAGCCAGCUGCCCUGCGAGAGAGAUGAGAACAUCUACGACCUGCGAGGUGCCCGCAGCUUCCCCACGCUGGAGGACGAGGGUCGGCCGGACCUCCUCCACUGCACCCCUCCAUCGUUUGAGGAGGCCACCACAGCGUCGAUCGCCACCACCCUGUCCUCCACCACCUCCCUGUCUAUUCCGGAGCGUUCCCCAUCUGACACGUCGGAGCACCCUCGGUACAGGAGGCACCCCCAGUCCUUCAGUCAGGAAGGAAGGGCCCAGGAGGAGGACCAGCAGACCAUCACAGUGGAGGUGGAGGUCAAGAUGCAUGACGGCAACUUUGGCAUUGAUGCUGCAACGCCCUCCCCGGAGUCCAGCCAGCCUCCUGAGGGCGCUGCCGCUGCCUCUUCCGCGGUGUCCGCCGCCAGGGUCCCCGAGGAGCCCGACAUGGCCAGCCAGCAGUCUGAGAGUGCCAGCCACGCCUCCGCAGAGGACGAGGAGGACGUGCCGAUCACCGACAUCUACUUCCAGCCUCCCGAGGACAGGACCUGGGUUUACUCUCCCCUGCACUAUGGUACAGAGUCUCCAUCCUUGUCGGACGGAGAGAGGGAGACCCAGUAAACGGUGGCACCGAAGAAGCCGGGAGAAGCGAGCCUGUUCCUGCCAACGGAGCCCGCUGUUAGGGUGACAGGCGUACGGGACAGAAAAUCUCAAGUGUGGGAGAAAUUCGGCGUAGUCCCACAAAUGCUUCCGGACAAUUCCUAGAAAAACCUGCCCCCAAUCAAAUAUAUGCAGAUGUACAUUUAGAACAGGAGAUGAACGGAAAGAGUAGUGUUCUCGACAGUAAGUCCUGGCCUCAGAGCAGGACUCCGCUGUCAACUCUCCUCUCUAGUGCUCUCAUCCGAAACCAAGGAAGGGCUUUGUGUUAAUGUUUGUUUUUUUUUUUAAACCUUGUUUCUGUGCAUUUUUAAGCCAAUUUUAAUACUGUGAACAUUUUUAAUGUCGUGCAUUGUAUGCCAUAAAAAGUCAGGGUUUCCUGCAGUUCCACUUUUAAGGACUGUUGAACCAUAUUCCUUGUCGUUUUCGGUCUGGAUUUCAGGGCGAUGCUGGGUGGCAAGAAAUUGAAAUCCUGGUUUCAAAUAUAUAUGUAUACAUAAAUGCAUGCGCGCACACACGUUUUCUUCUCCAAGGAUGGAGAUCGUACUUCCUUUAGAAGUUACGCUUAAGGAAGAAUUUUGAUUUAUUUACUCAAGGUCUUAGUUUGAAUCAUUUUAAAACGUUUAUUUAAGGUAUCAGUUUCUCUCUCAAGGGCCUACACACACACACACACACACACACACACACACAGGUGAGAUUAAAACUGUUGCUUGAUCAUGGAAACCCAUAAUAUUUACUGUACACGGAUGUCUUCCGGGGAGAACAGUUUGGAGAAAUGUGGCCUGUCGUUCUGUGUAAAUGGCAACCAGCUGAUACGUUGUAAUGUUGCGUGAAAAGGCGACUUCGCACAGAUGAUGGAUUUUGGUAUAAAUGCCACUUAAGGAGUCAGGUUCACGUUCCUUGGUCAUGUCCGACAUGUUAGCCCUCAGGUGCUCUUUCAGUCAACUAAGUGGGCAGAUUUUUAAGCAAAUUUGCUAGGGUGUUGGAUAUUAGCACUCCCAUUUGAAGUUGAGAGCGGAAAAUUCCUUCUCCGUGUAAAGUGUGUGUUUGUGUGUCCGGUUUUCUCAGUCUUCGUUUAGUAGGAAUCACUGCGGUAAACCAACUGACGGACCUCGGGAAUGACAUCAAGGGCUAGGUGACUGCUGGUAGAAAGCAAUGAUCCAUAAUUUCUUGAUGUUCUCUCUGUUUUAUUGUUAUUACUUUGGCUGCUCUUUAUGGAAUCCAUCAACUUUUAAGUCCUUUUUCCCCACCUGUGCUGUACAAUUGAAAGCAUUGACACAAUCACCUUCUUAUUCAAUACAGUUAGGUUUGUAGGUGAGAAAAACCCAGAUUAAAUACACAGUACAACUAUCAAAUAGGAUUCUUGUCCUUGUGUCAUGAAGUUGAACUACAAACAUUUGUCUGCUAUCUAUAGUUAUUUUUUAUUUGGGGAGUACACUUUGCUAUGAUGUGAAAUAAUGUUGAUUGUUAUGAAUUGAUGAAUUGCAGUGGCCAGUUAUUGAUUGCGGUUAUCAAUGACACAGUGAGUUUAACAGCGUUAUAUUUAUUUGUAGUUCCGUAAAAUUUUAUUGCCUUAUUGAGAAAUGUAAGCUUUGUCAAAUUGUUCAGUUUAUGGUAACAUUUAUUUCUAAGCCAUGUUCUAAUAUUUGUCUCUGGUAGUGUGUACAUAAGAAUGAAUUUGUGUAUAUAGAUAUAAAUAUAUAUUUUCCUUUUGAACCGGAGAGCUUUUGCCCCCCCC